AUGCGGAGCGCAAGCAAUCUCCGCGCCGCGGCGCAGGAAGCCACCGACCGAUCUUUGCCAUCAUUUGACAACCAUUAUAACAAUGGUGUCCUCAUAGACAACUGGCAAGAGGGCCGCAUCUACGACGAGAGUGGUCGUAAAUUUACACUGGCGAUGGAUCAUCCUGUAGGGCCGCCAUGCACCGUGUAUAAGGCCGAUUACUCCAAUCAAGGUAGAACUUCGCUGCAGCCCAUGAUGCGGCCCAGGGGGCUCGGGAAAGAGCUCAUCUUGGGUGAGGGAAAAACAACCACCCUUGAAUGGAUUCCUACAAGUACCACAUACGGAGAAACACAACAACACUUCAUAAACAGCAAAUAUGGUAGAUCACGCCGUUCCACAGGCCAACUCAAUACCACAGUUAGGGAGAUAUAUGGGCAUACCUUUAGCGACUCACCUAAUGCUUCAAAACAGUGUUCCACAGCAGACGAAGACAACUACGGAAGGUUUAACACCACCAAGACAGUAAUGGACAUACCAGUCGAGAGCUACCACUUCCAACGACAAAUGGCGCAAAAUCAAAAGCCACAAUAA